GUUUAUGAUGCUUUACAGUUUCUCUCGGUUACGUGAGCGUCUCAGUAUCUGUUCUCCCGCACCAAGUCCCAUAGAGAAAAUCCACGCGGAAACAGGAAGUGCUGGUUCAUUGUGUCACUUAUGUAAGUCUGGACGAAGUGUUUCAAACACUGACGUCACAGAAACAACACGUUUUAACUUCCUGAUGAAGGCAACAGUGGAUCAACAACUCCUGUGAUCGAUGUGAACUCGCUGGUUUUCUCUAUGGACUUUGGUUGCAUCUUGUCCACUGGUGGAAGGUCUGUACUUGGAGGAAGAAGACAGCAUGCUGCAGCUGCUGUGCACUCCCUCUCAGCACCGCACCGACAUAUUGACGUGGAUCUGCAGCAGUAUCAACCCACAUUUCACCACUUCCAAGGCGACGUCGGUCAGAUCCAGAGACGUGAAUGUUCUGAUGAAAGGUGACAUUUAUAAAGAAUUGGCCUUGUUUGGGCAGGAGCUGAUGCUGUGCAAAGCAGGGGACCUGGACCUGGUCAGGGGUGACGUGAGUCCCUGUCGCCAGCUUCGGUUCCUGGAGCAGCUUGUGUCGCUGCUCCCAGGCGAGAAGAAUUCUGCAGGUCAGAGAGUGGACGGAGAGCUGCUACUGAACGAACUCUUCACCGCAGAGAAUCUGCCUCACCUCACGCAAAUGCUCGAACCGACAUUCGACCCCUGGCCUGCACACAUCAAGGCAUUAUGCAAAGGUACCAAAUCCUCUGAUACGCCGAGCAAAGAAGAGGAUACUGAUGUUGCCGCCCUCCUUCAAGUGACUCAGUCAGCACUGGAGCAGCUACAGUCUGAGUGCGAGUUCCUGAAAGUAAAGGAGGAGAGUCCUGGCGUUUUCUCCCCCAGCUCAUUGCGCGUGGCGGCGGGCGACCUCCAGCAGCUGAUGGCUACUUUCAGCCACGUUUAUCAGACCGAUUUGAGGUCUUACUGCAACAGAGAACCUCCCAGCUUCAGCACAGAGACCGAUGUCUUCCAGAGAGUGCACCGACUGCUGCUGGCCUGCAACACGGAGUUGGAAAUGCUGAAUGAAGUAUUGGAAGCUUCUGCCUCCAUGAAGGAGGAAGUGAACUUGCUACAAACGCAGCCUCGAUACUGGAGGAGAGGAGACAAGCACACGCUACAGAACCAACUGACAGAACUUACAAAGCGAAAUCGAGAGUUUCUUUCCCUGAUUCGGUCGUGAUGGACAGGAGCUGAGACCAUCGGGCCGUAAAACACUCAGAACAACUCGGUAAUACUGAAGGCGGUCUCAUGUGUCCUUGAUGUUGUUGUCAAGAAUGUCAGACGAAUGUUGACCAGUGAGAGCGACACACUUCCUGCACAGCGUCUCUCAUCUCAACAAAGUCAGUGCAGAGAUAGGUGGUUUACAGCUGAUGGACUAAUUUAUAUUACCAGAAAUUAACAUUUGCCUUAACUUGUGUUGUCCUUUGAAAUCUUAAUAAAUCAAAGUAUUUUUUAAA